CUGUGAUGUAUGCCACUUCUCAAAACACAAAAGACUUCCUUUUCCCAUCAGUACCAGUAUUGCAAAGAAUGCUUUUGACUUGGUUCAUGUUGAUAUUUGGGGACCCUUGUCUGUUCAGUCAUAUGAUGGUCAUUCUUACUUUCUUACAAUAGUGGAUGAUCAUAUAAGGGCAGUGUGGGUUUACCUAAUGAAACACAAACAUGAGACAAGAGAAUUGCUAAAGGGUUUUUAUGCCUUGGUUCAUAAUCAAUUCAAUACCACUGUUAAAACUAUUAGAAGUGACCAAGGGCAGGAAUUCCAUAUGAAGGAAUUCUUUAUGGAGAAAGGGAUAGAACACCAGAUGUCCUGUGUAGAGACUCCUGAACAAAAUGCCAGGGUUGAACGAAAGCACCAGCACAUAUUGAAUGUGGCUAGGUCUCUUAGGUUCCAGUCAGGUUUACCACUUACCUUUUGGAAUGACUGCAUUCUUCAUGCAGUGUACUUAAUCAACAGGAUGUCAACUCCUAUUCUGUCUGGCAAAUCCCCAUUUGAGGUGCUUUAUAACCAUCAACCUUUUCUUGGUAACCUUAAGGUUUUUGGUAGCCUGUGUUAUGCAAGUACUCUUGGACAUAACAGGACCAAAUUUGCACCAAGGGCAAGACAGUGUGUUUUUCUUGGAAUUCCUGCUGGAGUUAAAGGGUAUAAGUUACUUGACUUAGAAGAUAGGAAGGUCUUCUUAUCAAGGGAUGUUGUCUUUUAUGACACAAUCCUUCCCUUUCGAGACUGUACAGAGUCUGCAACAUCAGACUCACCUCCUUCUUCAUCUACUUCACCACCUAUUCACUAUACAACAUCAGCUCCACCCAUCUUGGUUCCAGCAUCUUCUCUACCUACUACUUCUGCACCUGUAUCCUUUGAUCAGGCCUCAGCUGCAAGGGGGGAUGAUGACUAUAGUCCAAGUAAAGAUGCUACUCCAGCAAAUGACACUGAUGUUUCACCUGAACAUGACUGUGAACUACUUCUACAAGUUGACUUUGAACCUCCUCCUCCACCAAGAAGAUCACAGAGACAACCAGUGUUACCUGCUAAACUUAAUGAAUGUGAACUGGACCCUCAGUUAACAUUUGGAGCUUUUGGAACAGCAGCAAAUGCAAGUAAGCACUCUCUUUGUCUGAAUGUUGAAUGCUUGAAUGAACAAGAUAGAAUCUAUGCUUUAAGUGUGUUGAAGCAUGAGGAACCAACCUCAUAUCAUGAGGCAGUCAAGUCCAUUGAAUGGAAUAGAGCUGUCAUAGAGGAAAUACAUGCUUUAGAAGCAAACCGGACCUGGGAAAUAGUAGAGGCUCCACCAGACAAACACAUAGUUGGUUGUAAGUGGGUGUUUAAACUGAAGUUGAAACAGGAUGGUACAAUUGAAAGAUACAAAGCAAGGUUAGUGGCUAAGGGGUUCACACAAAUAUAUGGGAUUGAUUUCUUGGACACUUUCUCCCCAGUGGCCAAAAUCAACUCAGUAAAGGCCUUACUAGCCAUAGCAGCAGUGAAGAACUGGACCCUAGAGCAAUUGGAUGUAUCCAAUGCUUUUCUAAAUGGGGAUCUAUAUGAGGAUGUGUAUAUGCAGGUGCCCCCUGGGAUUGAAUUACCUUCUGGAAGCCCUAAGAGGAUGGCCUGCAAGCUAAAGAAGUCACUGUAUGGCCUUAAACAGGCUUCAAGGCAAUGGUUUGCCAAGUUAACUGGUUUUCUGUUGAGAAGUGGGUUUUAUCAGUCAUCCUCAGACUAUUCCAUGUUCACUAAGUGGGUUAAUGGAAGAAUAGUUGUACUACUUGUCUAUGUGGAUGAUAUCAUCCUAGCUGGGGAUGCUCAGAAGGACAUUGACCAGGUUAAGAACUCUAUGAGUAAAGAAUUUAAGAUCAAGUUGCUUGGACCUUUAAGGUAUUUCUUGGGACUGGAAGUAAACAGGACAACAGAAGGGUUGAUGGUCUGUCAAAGGAAAUACUGUAUGGAUUUGCUUGCUGAUACAGGAUACUUAAAUGCCAAAGGAUGCCAUUCACCAUCAGACCCAAAUAUCAAGUUGACAGCAACAGAAGGCACUUUACUUGAAGAUCCAGAACAAUACAGAAGAUUGAUUGGGAGACUUCAUUACAUAACCAUAACAAGACCUGACUUGACAUACUCUGUACAACAGUUAUGCCAAUUUCAGAAGGAGCCCUACUCAGGACACUUACAAGCAGCCUACAGAGUACUUAGGUAUCUCAAAUCUUGUCCAGACCAAGGUAUCUACUACAGCAGUAAGGCAGACUUGAAGCUUGUAGGGUUCUGUGACUCAGACUGGGCCAGCUGCCCUGACACCAGAAGAUCAACAACAGGGUACUGCACUUUCCUUGGGAGCUCUCUUCUGACUUGGAAAACAAAGAAGCAAACAACAGUUUCCAGAUCAUCAUCUGAAGCAGAAUAUAGAGCACUAGCUCUAUUGGUUUGUGAGAUUGAUUGGCUAAGGGUACUGUUGGGAGAAAUGGGUGUCAAGAUACCUCUUCCUGUUGCUGUGUACUGUGAUAACAGAUCUGCAAUCCACAUAGCAGAGAACCCUGUGUUCCAUGAAAGGACCAAGCACAUAGAGAUCGAUAUGCAUGUUACAAGGGAGAGACUGAAGACUGGUUUGAUCAAACUAUUUCAUGUGAGUACAAUUAAUCAACUUGCUGAUAUUUUCACCAAGAGUUUGCACAGGAUUCGACUGAAUGAGCUGUUGGACAAGUUGGGAGUCAAGAAGAGCACUCACAACUUGAAGGGGGUGUGAAUUGAGCUUGAAUCCUGAUGCUGUAAGGACUGGAAGACUAAAGCGAAGUGAAGAAGCAGAAGGAUCAAUACGCAGACGUUUUGUUAUCACUUAAGUUUCCAUUUGUUAAAACUCUGUCGUUUUACCUAAGGAUCUAUUAGCCGUUAUUAAACAGUGUUUUGGUUUGUAAUAGGCCAGUUGUUGGUUGCCAAGUGGCAAUCUGAACUAAGCUGAUUUCUUCAGCUGAUAUAUAUACUGCAACAGAGCAGCCCCUGCACACUUGAGGGUUUUGCCAUUUUGCCCUAGCAAAUUCUCCAUACGCACAGGCUCGUUAGAGGCAGAUUGGCAGCCACCGGCGGCUCCUUUUCGUCCUCCGCCGCAACUCGUCGGAUCUCAAUUUACGAUCGUUGAGGAGCUCUCCUCCUGGUGGCGGUUAUACUGAUGCACAACCACCAGCAAAGCGAAUCCAGAAAUCCGGAUCUGGAUUUCAUAUAUGGUGGUCGGGAUAUUGAAGAGGAUUGUCGCGAUUAGCACCGGCCCCCCAUCCGUCAUUUCUUUCCUCCUCAAGUCAAAUCAUAAAAAACCCCACCUGUGAAAUGAAGUGUAGUGCCGUGGGAUUGAGAGAGCAAGAGAGAUAGGGGAGGAGGAAGAAGAAUGGGUUGUUUGCUGAGAUACAAAUAGUGGGAGAAGAAGAAGAAGCCUGCAAAAGCCAAAAGGGGGGAUAUAGAUGGAAUGGCGAUGCAUUCCAACAUUGAGCAACAUGUUAUUUGUGGCGAGUGGUUUGAGAGUUCGGUUCUCUUUGAAUAAUUUGCUUUUGUGUUUGUUCCUUGUUGUGUCUUGAACUGAUACAACGCACACAAAAUUGGUUGCCAAUCGCUUUCCCGGGAAUCAAACAUGGCCUUUAUAUCUCCUCCCAUUUUCUUCUGAGGAUCCCAAUAGUUUGCUGCAACAGGGAAGGUUUUUUUUUUGUGUUUGUUCAUUUCCAAAUGCUCUGUGAAGAGUUAAUGUAGAUGUAAUAGUGGCAGGAGAUGGAGAAGAAGUUCUUUUUUUUAAUGAUUUAUUAUAUUUCUCAUAUGCAUUUGUUGAGGGUAUGAAUUCGUGUUUGUGUUUUGAAUACUCGUUAUUGAUUUUGAAAAGUUCAUUUAAGUUGUUGCUUUUGUUGGAUACUCGUUAUUCAUAACCACAUAAAAAAAUUUCUACCUCAAACAGAGUAAAUCAAACCUUAAAAAACAUAUCAGAAACCAGCUAAUGCAUACCACAACUUUCCUUAAACAUACCAGAAAUCUCAUAAAGCAUACCAUCAACCUCCUAAUGCAAACCACAAACACAGUAAAACAAACCACAAACACGGUAAAGCAAACCACAAGUCUUUCAUAAGCACAUCAUAAACCUCCUAACGCAGUCCACAAACGUGAUUAAAAAAACCACAAAAAAUAAACCAGAAACCUCCUAAUGCAUACCAUAAAUCCCCUAAAACAAACCAUAAACCUCACAAACCAAACCGCAAUAUUUUCGAAAGCAUACCAUCAACCUCCUAAUGCAAACCACAAACACGGUAAAGCAAACCACAAACACGGUUAAGCAAACCACAAGUCUUUCAUAGCACACCAGAAACCUCCUAAUGCAGACCACAAACUUGAUAAAAAAACCACAAAAAAGCAAACCAGAAACAUCCUAAUGCAUAUCACAAAUCUCAUAAAACAAACCACAAACCUCACAAAGCAAACCACAACAUUGCGAAAGAACACCAGAAACCUCCUAAUGCAAACCAAAAACACAGUAUAUCAAACCACAAAAAAGCAAACCAUAAACGUCCUAAUGCAGA